GUCGCGUUCUGACUUUUGACUCACCAAAGCAUAAGUUUGAACCGUGCCUCUUUCUCUCUAUCUCUCUCUCAUCUUUUGUCGAAGAAACGCAUUGUCGAAAAGUGAUACCCUGUUAUUCUUCUCUUCAUCCGCAACCGCAGCAAGGUUUAGAAUUGCUGAGCUGUUCCGUUUGAUCACCUAGGAAGGACUGGAAUAGGAGAGUUUUCUGAAUAUGUGGGCAGCUUCUUGCCUUGCGUCAUGCUGUGCUGCGUGCGCCUGUGAUGCCUGCCGGACGGUGGUGUCAGGGAUCAGCCGCCGCUCCGCUCGUAUUGCAUACUGUGGUCUUUUUGGGCUGUCGCUGAUUGUUUCAUGGAUUCUUCGAGAAGUUGCUGCUCCUCUCAUGGAGAAUAUCCCAUGGAUUAAUCAUUUCCACAAAACACCAGAUAGGGAAUGGUUUGAAACAGAUGCAGUACUUCGAGUUAGCUUGGGAAACUUCACGUUCUUUACCAUCCUAUCAAUCAUGAUGAUUGGUAUAAAGAAUCAGAAGGACCCUCGUGAUAAUUUGCACCAUGGUGGAUGGAUGAUGAAAGUCAUCUGCUGGUUCCUUUUAGUAAUAUUUAUGUUUUUUGUUCCAAAUGAGCUCAUCAGCUUUUAUGAGUCAACUUCGAAGUUUGGUUCAGGAUUGUUUCUUCUUGUUCAAGUUGUCCUUUUGUUGGACUUUGUCCAUGGAUGGAAUGACAAAUGGGUUGGAUAUGAUGAGCAGUUCUGGUAUGUGGCCUUGCUUGUUGUUUCACUUGUAUGUUAUGUGGCAACUUUUGCCAUCACUGGAGUUCUUUUUCAUUUCUUUGCUCCAUCUGGACAAGAUUGUGGGAUAAACACUUUCUUUAUAGUCAUGACUCUUAUUUUUAUCUUCGCCUUUGCUAUAGUCACACUUCAUCCUUCGGUGAAGGGUAGCAUUUUCCCAGCUUCAGUUAUAUCUCUGUACUGCACAUACCUUUGCUACAGUGCACUUGCCAGUGAACCUAGGGAUUAUGAAUGCAAUGCCCUUCAUAAGCACUCAAAAUCUGUUUCCACUGGUACACUAACCCUAGGGCUGCUCACAACUGUAUUAUCUGUUGUCUACUCUGCUGUCCGUGCUGGAUCUUCUACAACUUUGCUUUCCCCUCCUAGCUCACCACGUGCAGGUGGCGGGAAACCUUUGCUACCAUUAGACAAGGCGGAUGAGCACGAGGAGAUGGAGAAAUCAAAGGCUGUUACAUAUUCAUAUUCAUUCUUCCACAUUAUCUUCUCUCUUGCUAGCAUGUAUUCCGCAAUGCUGCUCACAGGCUGGUCGACCUCUGUUGGGGAGAGCGGGAAAUUGGUGGACGUUGGAUGGGCAUCGGUUUGGGUUAGAGUUGUGACUGGGUGGGUGACUGCUGCUUUAUUUCUCUGGUCUCUGGUUGCUCCAAUUCUGUUCCCUGAUCGGGACUUCUGAGCAUCAUAAGGAUGUUGCAUAGGAAAUCCAUAUGAAGAUAAUGACUGAAUGUUUAUAUAUUUUCCAUGACAUUCCUGUUGUCUGUGUUAAAACAUCUCCUUUUCAUGACGAUUGAUCGACAUGUUGGUCUUGCAAGUUGGACAAAGUACUUUUGAUGUCUUAAAUGGAAGUGUAUGAAGAAGUUGCCAAUAUUAUGUUUUA